AUGGCUGUUCAAUUCACGAGAAAGCAGGUCAUGGAGCACAACAACAAUACGUCCACAUGGAUUGUGAUAGGCAAUAAGGUCUAUGAUGUGACGAAAUUUCUGGAUGAACAUCCUGGUGGCUGUGAAGUGUUACUGGAACAAGCUGGUCAGGACGCAACGGAAGCAUUUGAGGAUGUCGGACAUUCUACGGACGCACGAAAGAUGAGAGAAGAGUACUAUAUCGGUGAUAUAGUUCAGGUCAGUAUGGAUGAUAACGUUAGAAGGUUUGUGUAG